AUGCAGUUCUCCAUCACCACCAUCAUUGCUGCUUUCGCCGCCGUCGCCAUGGCUGCGCCAUCCGCCGCUGCUGGCUCUACCUCGAUGGUCGUCCGUGACACUUCGGCCGUCAGCGCCCUGCAGGCCCAGGCCGAGACCUUCCUCGCUGCUAAGGAGGCUGCUGGCUGCUCCAAGCUCAAGUGCAUUGCUGCUCUCGCUCCCACUGCCGCCGCUUGCGCUGCUGCUCUCGCCGAGGCUGGCCUGAACCCCCUUGCCGACGCCGCUUGCCUGGCCACCCUUGCCAACAGCGUCUUCAACGUUCCAGAGCCCUGCAAGGGUUGCUAG